GAGCACCCAGCACUGCGCAUGUGUCGCUUGGAGGCUUCUCUGCAUCAAACUGCUGUUGCCCUGGGUAGUGCUGCCCAUGCCUGCCGAUUAAUCUGCCAUGACUACAGCAAGAUACAGGCCUACGUGGGAUUUGGCUCUGGAGCCACUGGUUUCCUGCAAGCUCUGCCUGGGAGAAUAUACCGUUGAACAAAUGACCACAAUAGCACAAUGCCAGUGCAUAUUCUGUACCCUGUGUUUAAAACAGUACGUCGAACUUCUAAUCAAGGAAGGCUUAGAAACUGCAAUCAGUUGUCCAGAUGCUAGUUGUCCAAAGAGAGGUCACUUACAGGAAAAUGAGAUCGAAUGCAUGGUUGCAGCAGAAAUUAUGCAAAAGUAUAAAAAGUUGCAGUUUGAAAAAGAAAUCCUCUUGGAUCCAUGCAGAACGUGGUGUCCCUCGUCAUCCUGUCAGGCUGUUUGUAAACUCCAAGAGAAAGGCAUUCAGAAUCCACAACUUGUACAGUGUGCAGCCUGCGACAUUGAGUUCUGUUCGGCCUGCAAGGCCAACUGGCACCCGGGGCAAGGAUGCCCAGAAAACAUGGCAAUUACGUUUCUUCCAGGAGAUUCAAGCUCUUUCUUUAAAAGCCUUGAAGAUGACGUGCCGAUCAAACGCUGCCCAAAGUGUAAAGUCUAUAUAGAGCGGGAUGAAGGUUGCGCGCAGAUGAUGUGCAAGAACUGCAAGCAUGCGUUCUGCUGGUACUGCCUGGAAUCUCUAGAUGAUGAUUUCCUGCUCAUACAUUAUGACAAAGGGCCAUGUCGGAACAAACUGGGCCAUUCCAGGGCGUCGGUCAUAUGGCACAGAACUCAGGUUGUGGGCAUAUUUGCCGGAUUCGGCCUAUUACUCUUAGUAGCAUCACCGUUCCUGUUACUGGCCACCCCUUUUGUUUUGUGUUGCAAAUGUAAAUGCUGCAAAGGGGAUGACGACCCGCUACCGACUUAACACAAACUGCUAUGUUAUGGCUACAGUAUUUCUCCCCAGGGAAAUUACUGUCGAGGGUUACUUUACAUAUCGGAUCCUCCAUAUGAGCCUUACCUGUCCAUUCAGCUUUCCCAGCCACAAAUGGUGCCAUUAUUCUAAGAAUCGCUCUUGGGAAGGCGGCUGAUACCACUCGGAGGGAUAUGAUUAAUGUGACUUACAGGAAUCCUUGAGGAGGAGAUGAAUGGAAUGUUCCACGUGAGACCAAGAGCUUGCACACAACCGAUUCUCAAGGCUUCUCUACAAUUGUAUAUAAGCCGAUCCAUUGUAUUUAAUACCUUCUGCUUUUCUAUGUCUCCUAUUUAAUUUUUUUUUUUUUUUGUUCAGUUAUAAGUGAAUAUUAAGACUUUUUUUUAAAGAAUUGCUUCACUAAAUUGUGGGGUGACAUCAAGAUAUAUUGUUAUGCGCAAAGAGUCAAAUAAUCGAAGGUUUAUUCCUUGAUUAGAUCAAAGGAAGAGUUUAAGGUAGGGCAAAAAGGAUAUUUACCCCAGAACAAUCUGGAAUGUUGUAUCUAUCUAUGUUGUUGAGCUACAUUGGAAGGUAGAGUUAUAUUAAAGGGGAACUCCACCCAACACACAACUUGAGCUUUUUGAAAACUAAACAUAAUUUCAAGCAACUGUGCAAUAUCAAUAAAAAAAUAUGCAGCCUU